CGUUUCACAGCAAUCUAUUUUAUCCUUUAUCCUUUCUGCCUUGUGUUUGCCAUAUGAUUGUAUUUAUGUUGUUACAUUUGUUUUUAAUUUCACCAACGUUAAUCAAGUUGGUUAGUCAAUUAGUUAAUUUAUUAAAUCUAUCUACUCAUGGAGCGUAAAGAUCAACCUGAAAAAACUCCUGAGAAAAAUCCACCUCAGGCUAUAGAAGUACGGACUGUUACAGACAGCAAUCCGUUCGGUGAAUAUUGUAUAAACCUUCGGACCAUUUAUUUACAUCCAUUGGAGAGUUAUAUUUUUGGUACCAAAAAACCAUUGUUUGAAAGAGACUCGUCAGUUCCUGCUAGAUUUCAACGAAUGGAGGAAGAAUUUGCAAUCCAUGGGAUGAGGAGAUCGGUGGAAGCUGUACUUCUAGUUCAUCAGCAUAAAGUACCACAUGUUUUACUCCUUCAAUUGGGAACAACCUUCUUCAAGCUGCCAGGAGGUGAACUUGCCAUCGGUGAAUCUGAAUCUGAAGGAGUUAGAAGAUUGAUUAACGAGAUGCUUGGACAUGAUAUUCCUCCUGGUGCGGAAAACAUUGCAGAUCAUUGGCAAGUUGCUGAUGUUAUUGGUAAUUGGUGGAGGCCUAACUUUGAGACGCAUCAAUAUCCAUAUAUUCCAGCUCAUAUAACCAAACCAAAAGAGCAUAAAAAAUUACUUUUAAUCCAAUUACCUGAUACCGCCAGAUUCGUGGUUCCAAAAAAUUACAGAUUAGUCGCAGCUCCAAUCUUUGAAUUGUUUGACAAUACUCAAGGCUAUGGACAUAUCAUAGCAAGUAUUCCGCAAAUGCUUUGCCGUUACAAUUUUGUUUACCUGUGAUUUACCGAGCUUCAUCCAUUUUCUUAAAAUCUCUUAGUGCUUCAUUUAAUCUAUUAUUUUUCAAUUGCAAGCUAUCAAAGUCUAAAAUUUAACAUCAUCAUUUUCACGGAUUCACUCAAUAUUUAUCUGAUAAAAUUCAAAAUGCAUCCUGAUUCAUUUUUUCCCUGGUUGCCGUCCUUCUACCUACUUUUUCAAUCAAUUUCAAUCUGUCCAACCUUUUAACUUAUCAACAUCAUCUUCUAAAUUAUAUUGUUUUGAUUUGUUAUUAGAUUUAUCAGCAAUGUAAUGAAUAUCAACCAGAGAAAUAAUCUUUAUAAUAGUCUUAUGAAUAUGUUUUCUUACAAUUGAUAAAAUCUUUUGUAAUUGCUUUUUCUCCUCUUUUUUUACUGUUAUUAAUUAUUCUCAGAAUGUACAAAAGGUAAAGCAAGUUUUAGAAAAGUGAUUGAUUUGACUUUUUUCAAAUUCAUUCCUUACACUUUCACUAAUGACAGGUUGAGACUCAAGUUCAAAGACCCAACAUCAUUGUUUCCCAAGAAACUCUUUGUAAUUACUAAUCACUCUCUCCCACUUUUUCAUAUUUCAAUAGCCAGUUCAGUAAUAUAAGUAAGUAUAAUUGUGAUGAAAAAAAAUAAAAACAAUUCUAUUUCCUUCCUUUCUUUACAAAUGAGAAAUAAAUUUCCUCAAUAUCGACCUCUGGAUAAAAGUAAAACUUGCAA